GAAAGUUGUAUAUGUUGGAAUAAAUUGAUGGAGUGUCUCUAUGGUUUUGCAUCUUCUGUUUCAAGAGAUUUAGUGUGUAGAGCAUUAAAUCAAUUACGUUAUCCUUGUUGCUUUAAAAAUUUCGUCAAAAAGCUUGAAGAAGAAGAGAGCCAUUUGAUUAUAACGAAAGAUAGUGUCCAAAAAUUUGUUACGCAUAACAAGAAACAAGCGAGAAAGCCCAGUGAAAUUGUGGACAAGUGGCUGGAAGAUGCUAUCAAUGAUGUACACAAUGUCAAUCAGUUGCUGGAAGAGGCAAGAACACAAAAACAUUGUUGCUUUGGGCACUGUCCAAAUUGGAUUUGGCGAUACCAUGUUGGAAGAAAGUUAGCAAAUAAAACUAUGCACCUCGAAAAGUUCAUUGAAGAGGGUAGAAAAUAUGUGCCACUUGACCGCAUCGCUACGCUUCCUUCUAACACCCUUGAUAUGCUUUCAGAAAAAUGCAUAAAUUUUGAUAGUAGAAAAUCUGCAUACGAGCAACUACUGGAUGCAGUGAAAAAUAAUGAUGUUUCCAUGAUUGGGUUGUAUGGGAUGGGAGGUUGUGGUAAAACCACAUUAGCAAUGGAGGUUAGGAAAUUAGUAGAAGCAGAGCAUCUUUUUGAAAAAGUUCUUUUUGUACCUGUUUCUAGUUCAGUGGAUGUUCGAAGGAUUCAAGAAAAAAUAGCAAGUUCACUACAAUUUGAAUUUCCAGAAACCGAAGAAAUGCAGAGAGCCCAAAGAUUGUGCUCAAGAUUAACUCAAGAGGAAACUAUUUUUAUAAUUCUAGAUGAUGUGUGGGAAAAGCUUGACUUUGGUCGUAUUGGGAUUCCUUCUUCUGAACACCAUAAAGGCUGCAAGAUUCUCAUUACAACUAGAUCAGAAGCAGUUUGUACUUUAAUGGAUUGUCAAAGAAAGAUUGACUUGCCAAUUUUAACGGAUGAAGAAGCAUGGACUCUUUUCCAAAAUAAAGCUUCUAUAUCAGAAGACACCCCUGAUACCUUAAAGAAUCUGGGAAGAUUAAUUUCCAGUGAAUGUAAAGGAUUGCCUGUUGCCAUUGCAGCUGUUGCUUGUAGUUUGAAGGGAACAGCGGAGACGGUAUGGAGUGAUGCAUUAAAUAAAUUAAGACGUUCGAAGCCAAUAUAUAUUGAAAGAGGUUUGAUUAAUCCCUACAAGUGUCUACAACUGAGCUAUGAUAAUUUAGAUGCUAAAGAAGCUAAAUCUCUUUUCCUGUUGUGCUCUGUAUUUCCUGAAGAUUUUGAAAUUCCAGUUGAAGUUUUAACAAGAUGUGCAAUGGGAUUAGGUGUAGUUGGAGAAGCUCACUCAUAUGAAGAGGCAAGGAGUGAAGUGAUUGCAGCUAAAAUUAAGCUUGUUAGAUGUUGUUUAUUGUUGGAUGAAGAUGAUGGAUGUGUCAAAAUGCAUGACAUAGUUCGUGAUGUGGCCCACAUAAUAGCGGAAAAUGAGAAUAAGAUGAUAAAGUGUGAAGUGGAAAAACAUGUUACAGUGGAACAAAAUUCUGUAAGAUAUCUAUGGUGUGAGAAAUUUCCAAAUGAUUUGGAUUGCUCCAAUCUUGAGUUUUUAUGCUUAUGGACAAAGAUGGAAGAAUUUGAUGGAAUUUUCAAAAGAAUGGGAAUGCUCAAAGUUUUGAUUCUUUACAACGAUGGGGCUGGAAAAACUCCAUUGUCAACAUCAUCUUUCAAAACAUUAACAAAUCUUCGAGAUCUAAUAAUUUCCAAUUGUGAAUUGAGCGACUUCUCAUUUUUAAACGGUACGAAGAAUCUUCUAAGUCUCUCGUUAUUUGGUUGUUCACUGCCUUCAUUCCUUGAAUUACAAACCGAUGUUACAUUUACGCUAAAAUUGUUAGAGUUGAAUGAAUGUGACAUUAAAGUGAAGAAUUUUGAAGUGAUGAAGAGAAUCCCGCUUUUGGAAGAGUUGUACAUUAUUGAAGGAGAAUGGGAUGCUAACAGUGAAGAUAAUAUUGAAUUCUUUAAGACGUUUAGCUUUCCCGAAACACUGCAAAGGUAUGGAAUUGUAUUAGGGUCUGAUAACUUUUAUAAUUUUAAUGAUGGAGAUAUUUACAUUCAUGGAAGAACUUUAUUACUUAACCAUUUUGACAUAUCAAAUGAGGUAAUAAAGGGUUUGGCAAAAAAAGCAAAGGAUCUAUUUGUAGGAAAUAUUCAUGGAGGUGCAAAAACUAUGAUCCCUGAUGUAUUUGAAAUUGAAGGAGGAGGUUUGAAUGAGUUGAAUAUGUUGGAGAUACGUGAUUCUGCAGAGAUAAAGUGUUUGAUUGACACUCGCAGUAACUCGAGUGAGGUGGUAACUCUCUUCUCCAAUUUGCAUAUGCUGAGAAUAAAAAGCAUGGAAAAUCUAGAAGCUAUAUGGUAUUGUUUUCUUCCUGCCAAUGGACCUUUUGAGAACUUAGAGAAGCUGUAUUUAAGUGAUUGUCCACGACUGACAUCUCUCUUCACGUAUGUUGUGGCUCGAAAUUUGGUAAAAUUGAAAACAUUACAAAUAUCAAUAUGUGAUGAACUGAAGCAUAUAAUAGCAGAUGAUGAGAAAGCACAGAAAAGUGAAGAUGAAUUCACCAGUGGGCAUCCUGUACAAAUCUUCCAAAAUCUUCAGGAAGUACAGGUAUAUAGUUGUCCAAAAUUAAAACAUAUAUUCUCGGUCAACAUUGUUAGAGGGUUAGGUCAAUUGAAAAUGCUCAAUAUACAAAGAUGUGACAUGCUAGAUCAAAUAAUUGGAGAUAUUGUUCCAUUAACAGAGCAGGAUAGAAGAGAAGAACUUGAUAAAAUCGUUGAGGAAGGAACUUUAUCCAACCUUGCAAGCCUUAAGAUAACAUGGUGCAUGAAUUUAGGCUCAAUUUUUACAGCAUCUAUAGCUAAGACCUUGACUUCUUUGGAAGAAUUGUACAUUUAUGGGUGCACAAGUUUGAAAGAUAUAGUAACUCACGAAAGGGUCAACAAAAAUCAGGAGGAAAGCAUUGUUGAGGAUGACAAUGAAAUGAUUGGCCAACAAGUCAGUUUAAGGUUAAAGAAGUUUGAGUUAGAAUUUCUACCUCAAAUGACUUAUAUUUGGGUGGGUCCCAAAAAUUCACUUACUCUCCAACAUCUUACCACAUUAACAAUAACCGAAUGUGAAAAGUUGGAAGUAAUCUUUUCAAAGUCUGUUGUAAGAUUCUUACCAGAGUUGAAGCUUUUGAAGAUAAGGAAAUGCAAAGAAUUAAGAGAAAUAAUUGAAGGGGAUGACCUUGUUUCUCCUCAGCCAUGCUUCCCAAAACUAGAAGCAUUGCAUGUUGGUCAUUGCCACAAGUUGAAAAGAUGUUUCUCUGAAUCUACUUCUGAUGACCUUCCCAAUCUUCAUUUUCUGGCCAUAAAUGGAGCCAAUGAACUAGAAGAGCUUGUUGGAUGUAAACAAGGAAUGACUAAAGUUGAGCUUCCAAGACUCAAACUUUUAAUAUUUAUGCAUCUUCCAAACUUCCGUCAAGAAAUUGAAUUGCAUAAUUUAAAGAAUCGCAUUGUCUACAAAUGUCCAAAACUCUCUUUCACUUCAACAACUACUCUUGAGAAGCUCCGUUAUGAUUUUCCUCACAAAGAUUUCAUAAACACUGAACUUGAUCGUUUGGAAUUUGAAGACAUAGUAAGAUUGACACAUAUAGAUUCAACUAUUAGUGAUAGCAGUAAAUUCACUUCAUCACAGGAGAUUGAGGACGUAGGAAAUGAGAGUAUUAAAUCUUCAUCAACUAGUGUUGAAGACACUGGCAUUGGAGAUGUUGUUGCAUUUCACAUUGAUUCCAAGGUAGUUGAACAAGAUGAUAAGAUGAAUGAAGGCAAGCCAGGAAUAGUGGCAAGCCAAGGAAUCCAAGUACAAGAAGGGUUGAACCUUUUGCAUAAACAACAGGAAAUAGAUUUUGUUCACCCUAACAACAACAUUGACAUUUCUUCAGAUAUCCGUACAAGAUUGGGAGCAUAUAGACGUUUUGUUGAUCUGGAUGAUGCACAGAUUUCUCUUCUGGUGGAGGCAAUUACUUCAUAUCCUCAUCUCUGGAAUGCUUCCAAGAAGUUUAGUGAUCGUUUUCAAGCUUGGAGGUUGAAAAUUUUGGCAGAUAUGUUGUCUUUCCUUCAGAAGGAAAGUGUCCAUAGUGUUAUUCCUCAAAGAGAAAGAGAGUUCUAUAAACUAUGUGAAGAAGCUAUGUUUGUUGGAUUUGAGAGUUCAUGGGUAGAGGAAAUGCGUCAACGUGUUGUGGCAAGGGAUCCGAAGCUGGGAGAGGACAUUGCAUGGAGACAAAUAAAUGAGAAUUCUAAGAGGUCUAGUAGUGGAGACGUGGUACCAGAUUCCCAGGCUUUUGAACAAGGUGAUGGGCUUAAGAUUAGCUUGGAAGAAGGUUCUGACUUGGUUGAUAAAGAAGGUGAAAUUGGUGUUGUUUCUAAUGACCACAUUUUGGCUCUGAGAAAUGAAGAAGCAGAGGAGGAAUUUGUUGCAGAAGUUUCCACUUCAGAAAUACCAAGAAUAGCAACAUCAUUAACAAACUCACAACCAGUUGAAAGGCCAACUCCAAGUUGUUUGAAUAUGCCUCUACGUGAAACACCCGCAAAUGCAUUGGUGGACAAACAACGGAUUAGUGAACCGUGUUUGAUGAACCAACAAAAACCAUUUGGAGAAAUUAGAACAAAGCAAGGUUCUGUGGAGGAAACCAUAGCAAAGAACACCAAUAUGGCAGCUUCAUCAAUUCUUUCCGAACCUGAUAGCUCUCAGUUAGAACAGAAAAUUACUUUUCAAAGUAAAUCUCAUCCACAUAAUGAAAUUACGAGCACCCAACUUGAGGCAGGCAGUGGUAAAGAAAUUGACCAUCCUAAAAUUAUUCAAGGCUUUGGGACCAAUGAUGUCAUAAGCUUAUUUGCAUCAGAAAAAGAGAGUGAAGAUAGCCCAGUGGGAAAGACCCUCACUGAGCUAGAAAAGUUUUUGACGAUGUCUCUGAAGGAUGUAGUUAGCUCUGAAAGUGACACUCUUCGUCUUUGGUCUACUCUUAAUUUGUUGUCCAACCUUCCUUUCAAAAAUGUGACUCUAUCAGAUGGACUCAAACGUAUUAUAGACACUAUGCUCCAACACUUCCCAACCAUUCUACGCUCCUUUAAGCAAGGUUUUGCUGCCACCGACAAGUUGGGAAAGCUAGAAGCUUGUCAGAAUGAGGUGGCCACUACUCUUGUUUCCAAAAUUUCUGAGGCAGAGAAUUUCUACAAUGAAACU